AUGUACAAAUCGUAUAUCAAAUCUGCGCUGGAGUCACUGGACUCAGCUGCCAAUGGCGCUGCUACGACGAGUGCGAGUACGAGUGCUGUCCAGCUGGACACUCUAGCCAGCCAGAUAUCUCUGCCGAGAUCCCACCCAGAGGCCAUCAAACCGAAGAACUUGAGUGUUAUACUGAUAAUCUUGACAAAUAACAUUUCUAAGCUGGAUUCCAAGGGCGCAAAUGCCAUAUUGUUAGCCAUCAUAAACUAUCACAAGUGGUACACUUUGGACUCGGCUGUGAUCGGUGUGUUCAAGAGAUUCAUAAUGACACUGUGCUCGUAUCUGCCGAAGUGGUGGAGUGAGAUCUCUUCAAUCCUGAUAGGGCAGUUCACCCUUGCAGUGUCGAAGACUGAAUAUCACCAUGAAAUGUUGAGAUACUUCAUAAAGACGAUACCAACGUCGAUUCCCUCAAUAACCAAGCAGCUCGUUAAGGGCUUCCCAAAUAAGCAUAACAGUAAAAAUGACAUUGUUAACUAUGUCUCUAAUCUAUUGCUCCUGAAUGACUACUGUCCAGAGCUGAGAUUCAACAUCUGGUCGUUGAUCGUGGAAAGAUGCAUACAGAUCGAUGUUGAGCUGCAAAAUGAGCUGGACGAUCUAGACGACGAUUCUGAGUUUGAGGAUGACUUGGAUGACGAUGAAGGCGAAGAAUCGUGUGACGACGAUCACGAUGACGACGAUGAGAGCGAUGCCACGGUUAAAGACGCUAAAAGAGUCCAUUUCGAAGACCCUGAUGAAUCAGAUAGCGACGAAGAUGAAAUGAUAGAAGAAGAAGAGACCAAUGAACAUGAAAUUCAAGUAGCUAAUAUCACUGACCUUUCAGAUAAACUGGAUUCAAUCCUGUCUUUGACAUUUAGCAACUUGCAAGGGGUCCGGAUGGAUUCUGACGACGAAGAUGAAGAAGAACAGGCCAUCUCCAUCUACAACACGCUAACGUCGCUGUUCAAGACCCACAUUUUGCCAACAUACUAUACCAAAUCCACACAGUUUAUACUGUUUUACUAUACUCAACAGUCGCCAGAGCUGAUGGACUCCUUUCUUGUGACCUUGAUAGACCUCUGCUUUGCUUCCGAUGACAGCAUCGAGAAGAGAAUCAAAUCUUUACAGUACUUGAGUUCUUAUAUAUCAAGGGCAAAGAUGUUACAGAAAUCUCAAAUCUUGUUCGUGAUAAGCUAUCUGAUGAGUUGGUUGAACAGGUAUGUCGAGGAACGUGAAGUUGAAAUCGACGUAACAGUGAACAUGGAUCGUUUCAAGCUGUUCUAUUCCACGUUUCAAGUGCUACUAUACGUCUUUUGCUUCAGACAUUCGCUCUUCAAGAACGAGGACUGCUCAUGGGAACUGUCACUGGACAAAUUCUUUCAAAGAAUGCUCAUCACCAAGUUCAACCCUCUUAAAUUUUGCAAUGAAACUGUUGUGUCCAUGUUUGCUAAGAUUGCACAGGAGGAAAACGUUGCUUACUGCUUCUCUAUCAUCCAAAAGAAUAAGAAUGAAAGGUUACGUGGUAUUUCUGGCCAUGGAAACUCCAACGAAAGUAACCGUUCAGCUUCUGUUCAGCUGGCUCACCAACAGUUUGUUGACCUGGAAGGGUAUUUCCCCUUCGAUCCGUUGUUCCUGAAGACAGCAAGAGGCUAUCUCAAAGAGCUAUACAUCGAGUGGAGCUCAAUAGCAAAAGAAUACGAAAGCGACACCGACGUUGACGACCUGGCUAACGAGGCAAAGGAAGUUAUAAGAAGAAAUUCAAUGGCACUUGGAAGUGAUGAAGACGAAUGA